UUUUUUUUUAAUCUCGUCUUGUCCCGCUGCGUCCUUUCUGCUUUAAAGGGAAAGUAUUCGGUCACGGUUAUCGUCUCCUCGUCCGACGAAUAAAAGCCACAUUCGGGAGCGCCGAGCCGACGACCCCUCCGCCGCAGUUUUGCGUCCGCCGACACUCGACAACAAACAGACGAACGGCACCGGGAGGUUCUUGGGCGACCGCGCCGAACCGCCGCUGAAAACGAGAAAACAGUCAAAUGGGAAAACGGAUCAAAUGGUUCCGUCGAGACGCGCAAGUCAACAACAGCUGUACUAUCGAAGCUGCGGUCACAGCGGAGUCCGUCCGCAAGAACAGAAAUUUCCCGUUCGGCUGCGCGUCGAGCCGCAUUUCAGCUUGUGCUCCGGCGGGUCCAAAUUUGGCAAGCAGUACAAGACUUCGGCCCCCAGCAAACACGACCUAAUGCAGGCAACGCGAGCCGAAAUAAGAAACACUUGCUUCUGCGACGAGCAAAGGAUGCCAAUUAGUAGCAGUUGGAGCGCUUAUUCCAUAUCGAGGACAUCCAGGACAACUUUGGCAUACCAGUAGGACAACUGCAUGUUACUAGUGAGGAAAAACUGCACUAGUUGACAACUGGGUGCUACUAGUACUGGAGGAAUGGAGACAAAGAGCAUACUGGUACAGAGGUUCUCAAACACUUUCGACCGAGUACCACCUAAAAACAAAAAGAAACGCUUCAAGUACCAUCAUUAUGAUCAACAAUUCAAUACGGUAGCCUAGUAGGCCCAAGUGUUUGUCCCAAAAAGUGUUUUUCCGAAUAUAUUUUCUUUUUUCAUUGUCAUCACCCUCAAAGUCAAUAUAUGAAAUAAAAAUAAUGACUAAUUCAUCAAAUGUUUACAUAUGUUCAAAAACAGUUCUUAAAGAUUAAAUACAAUUAUAUUGAACUUAAAAAUGGAAGAGAACCUGCAUACCACACCAGUGGUACUUGUAGCACACUUGAAGAAUCAAUGUACUAGUACACGGACUUCAAGCUGUGUAUAUCCUUGACAUUGAACAAAUGCUCAAACAGCUUUGAUAUCAACGCUUAAGGUUUUAUUAGGAGGCCAAAAGUGGCACAAGUCGUGGAAAAAAACACGACUUGGAAAACGGUCAUUCUGCUCGUGCACUCAAUUGUCUUAUUGAGGAAAAAGAGCAUACGAAGUACAUUGGCCUCAAGCUGCAUCUGAAGGAUAGCAGAAAAAUGCUCAAACGGAUUUCGAUACAUGGCUGCUUCCUUUCAGAUAACUUUUUUUUAUUUUUUUAACCGGACACGAAAGAUUAUUUUUUUAUUUUUAGAUUAACGGUCAGUUGUUUUUGCAGGCUUAUAUUUAAAACACCACCACGUCAUGUGACCAAAACAUUAUCCACAUAGCUAAAUUUGAAAGCGUCUUUGUUUUUAUUUUUGCAGUACAUUGAAACCACCCAGCAAAAAAGAGAGCAGAAAUACAAGUUGAGCGCUUUCAAAAACAUUUCAAGCACUAAACACGCAUUUUGUCUAGCAAUACAUGCAGCACUUCAUUUCGUCAGCAUCACACGUGAAACACAGCUAUGGAAGCGUAUUGCAGAAAAUAAAAGUUCAGUAUCAUGUAAUAACGUGAUAAACGUCACGUGUUGACAUGAUAAAUUUGGUUUCCACAUUUCGCUAAACAAAACAAAGCGAUUUCUUUCGGUUCAGGUCACUAUAGGGAGCCCUAUGAAGGUAGGAGUCUUUCUUUGAAAAAUUCAAUCUUUUAAAAAAAAUAUAUAUAUAUAUAUAUAUUUUAAACAGUAUUAUAGAAGAGCAACAUGUUAUGUAGCUAGUAACUGAUUUAUAAGACACAAAAGGAAGACACGCCAGUGACUUGAACCGGAACAAAUUGCUUUGUUUUGCCGAAUGCGAAAGUCAAACUUAUCAGACUUUAAAGAGAACACCUCAACGAGAACAUCUCAACGCACCCGGCUGUCAAACUCCUGAAGUUCGAGAGAUGACACCACAGUCAUCGGCCUCACCAAAGACGAUCGACGAGUCUGCGUAUCGACAGGAAGCGGAGCGGCCGGAGCUGCGGUGCGGCCGACGCGGCCCGGAGCUGAACACGCUCGAGACUGCGGAGCUGAUCGAGGACUUCAGGAGGCGUCCUUCGCCACAGUUGCUGUCCAGCUGCCUCGUGUCAACCGUCGGGACCUUCGAGUCCCUGGGAAUUACGGUCUCUCGGGAGCCGAAGCGGGCGAUCGACGUCAACUCCGUCCUCAAAAAGGCCCAGCGGAGGAUGUACUUCCUGCGGCGCCUGAGGAAGCACGGCCUGCCACGGGAGCUGCUGAGGCGGUUCUACGCAGCGCUCAUCGAAUCGGGCCCGUGUUCUUCCAUCACAGUCUGGUUUGGCGACAAACUCCUCUCGGACCCUCCGCAUCCCGGUCACCGGCUCUUUCGGCUCCUUCCCUCAGCUAGGCGCUAUCGAACAAUGCAAACUACAACUGGCAGACAUUCCAUCAGCUACUUCCCUCUUGCCAUCAACGUCUUCACAGCUCACCUCCAAUUCGAUUGCAACAUGCUGCCAAUUCUUUGUCUUGAGUUUGUCGUCACAUCUCUGUGGGGCCAAUGAGAUACUACUUGUGCACUCGGUGUAGUAGUCUCGCCACGCUGCACAAUUUACAUAUCUGUUGUUGACCAAUACUAACCACUCGUGCCAGAGUAGCAUCUGCACCACUUGCACACUGAUUGAGGAGUAUCUGCAACAUUUGCACAAUCGACAUUGUCCCAGAUGAUCGCGCUACUCGUCACUUGAAACCGCAUACGCUCCUUGAAGUCUCGGCGCCCUUUGCACAAUGGUCAUUGCGCCGGAAUAUUGUUGUAUUUGUCAUUCAAACUGCUCUAAGUGCUAGAGGACUAUUUUUGCACAAUUGUCUCAUAAAAGAAAUGUGGCCACAAUUGAGUAUUUUGUGGUCACAAAUUAACAUUCUUUUUUCCACAAGGGGGUCAAGGGGGGAUUGUAGCGGGAUUACCACAUUGCUGGUAACCUUUUAUUGCUCAGUGACUGUGAUUUUUUUUUGUGUGUCUUUAUGUCUCCAAAGCGUUCUCUGUCAAUUGGCUCCAACUACCGGGGAAAAAUUCCUUGUGUGUUUUUUGGGACAUAUUUGGCAAAAUAAAGAUGAUUCUGAUUAAA